UUUGGAGAUUGGUAAUUUGAUUACAGUUUUGAAUUUUGGAAUAAUUCACAGCAUAUUAUUUGGAUUUGGGAUUCUUUGUGAGUGGAUGUGUUUGCAAAUUUGUUACUAAGUAUCUAAUUUAUUUAGUAUAAAACAAUGACUAGACACGCAAGAAAUUGUACAGCUGGAGCUGUUUACACUUACCAUGAAAAGAAAAAAGAUGCUAAAGCUUCAGGAUAUGGCACAAAUACUCAAAGACUUGGAAAGGAUUCAGUGAAAGAUUUUGACUCUUGUUCAUUAUCAUUACAGCCGUGUAGAAAUCCUGUAAUAACGAAAGAUGGAUAUCUGUUUGACAAAGAAGUAAUAUUGGAGUACGUUUUAAAAAAGAAAAGCGAAUACAACCGCAAGUUAAAAGAGUACGAGAAAUUAAAGAAAUUGGAGGAGGAAAAGGAUGCUCAGAAAGAAGCUGAGCAUAUUGGAAAACAAGUGUCAUCAUUUCUCAAAAAUGAAGAUAAUAUUGUUAGUAAAUCUUUGGUCAAGAUGGAUACAGACAGUGCUGGACCUUCGAUAUCCAAUAUGGCUUUAGGACGAGAUAAAGAAUUGCCUGCUUUCUGGGUUCCUUCCAAAACACCAAGUGCAGAAAAAAAGGAGUUGGAAAAGCCAGAUCCAAUUGUUUAUUGCCCAAUAUCUAAGAAACCCCUAAAGAUAAAGGACUUAAUAAAUGUCAAGUUUACGCCUGUCAAUGACCCAGACGAAAAGAAGUCAAUAUAUACCAAAGAAAACAGAUAUAUGUGUGCUGUUACACACGAUAUAUUAAGUAAUUCAGUUCCUUGUGCUGUUCUAAAACCAACGGGAGAUGUGGUCACAAUGGAAUGUGUGCAGAAGAUCAUUAAGAAAGAUAUGAUUCAUCCCUUGACGAAUAAACCUCUCUCAAAGAAAGACAUAAUUAUAAUGCAAAGAGGUGGAACAGGUUAUGCUUUUACAAAUGAGAAAUUGAGUGCCAAACAAGAUCGUCCUGCUUUACAAGCUUAGUUAUUUAUUGGUUGUUUAAUUAUAAUUUAUGUAUUAUUAUGUACAUAGUUCCUUUAAAUAUAUUAUGUUAAUAUUCUA